CCCUUGCAACAUUUUUUAUUGUAUUUGUUGAUUUUCAUCAUAUAUAAUAUCUUUAUGUCUCAUUGUUUUUGAUAUUUUCUCAGCCAUAACAUAAUUUAAGUGAUAACAAUCUAGUGUAAGGAACAAUCAAAAUGGCUGAUGUGCUAGAUCUACAUGAAAGUGGAGAGGAAUUCGCCGCAGACGAGGAAGGAGAUGUCGGAAUUGAAAGAUUGAAAGAUCGUGCGAAGCGCAGAAAAGGACGUGGAAUUGGGGAUUCUGAAAAAAGAACUGAAAUCAAGUAUGAAGCAAUGGAAAGUGAUCAAGAUGGGCCUGGACCUCAACGAUCAGUUGAAGGCUGGAUUUUAUUCGUUACUGGCGUGCACGAGGAAGCAACGGAAGACGACAUGUUCGAUAAAUUUGGAGAAUAUGGAGAAUUAAAAAAUUUACAUCUAAAUCUUGACAGAAGAACGGGAUAUUUAAAAGGAUAUGCCCUCGUGGAAUUCGAGACUUUUAAAGAAGCACAGGCUGCUCUUGAUGCAUUGAAUGGGAGUGAUUUACUAGGCCAAACGAUGUCAGUAGAUUGGGCUUUUGUUAAACCGUCCCAAAAAGAUAGGCGGGACCGUAGGCAUCGUCGUCGUUGAAAAUAUUAAAACGAUAAAUCUAUGCUCGAAGGUGCUGUGUGUAGUGAUAAGACAAAUCUGCUCAAUAAACUCAAACUAAAGGCUACACUAUGAUCAUGCUUGUCCUUUCAAGUUUAAUAUUGAACUGAGCGUUUUUCCUAACUCUGCUCAAUAUUUAGGAUAUUUUAAUCUGUCAUAAUUGAUUUUUGAAAUAACGUUUUGUUAUAGUAUCUAAAUUCCAGGAUUGAAAAUAGUUGAGCUAAAUAUGUGCUGCUUCAUUUUUUUCUAUCUCUGCCCAGAUUUCAGGAUGCUCUUAGCAAUGACGAUCAGGUCUCAAUUUUUUUUUCUUUAUUUGAAGUUCUGAAAUAUUGUCGCCAAAUCAUGUAGCAACAACUUAGCGCCUUGAUUUUUAAUCAAAAACUGAGAUUUCUGAGAUAAAAUUGUAUCACCAUUCUCACUGUAGUUUGAGAUAAACUUGGUAUGUUUUUGAAUAUUUCAUUGUCUUAUAUAGCAUAUUUUAAAGUGGAUCAAAAUUAAUGAGAACUCAUUUGAGUUGGUCAAUGAAAUUGCAACACUAUGACACCCAGUAUCAAUUCUUGGGACAGAAUAGUAUGUAGUAUAACUUAAAUAGAAUAAAUACAAUUUUAUCAAAUUGAUUGUGUAACUGCUCGUGGAAAACUUGAAAUUUGUAGGCGUUUUGUUUUUAUUCUGUUUUAUUUUCCCUGUCCGAUUGCUUCAUUCGGUCUUUACAAUAUGUAAAAUGCUCAUUCAAUAAUGUUUUGUUUCUUAUUUAAGA